CCCACCGUGUUAAAUCCCUCUUAACAUCCAUAAACAAUUUACCGCAUAUUAUUUUCCACCUGGUUUCCUUUGGUUGUGGGGUGGUUUUGAGUUUUUUUGCAAAUUCUAACUUUCUUCAAAACCACCAGAAACCCUCUGGAAACCCUGUGAACAUCUCUACAUUAUCAUCAUCAGAUUGUUCAUCAUUUCUAAGCCAUUCUGCGUUAUCAGAGAUGACUUUGAAGCAAAACCCGCGAAAAUAGUGCAGAAGGAGUUGGCCGUCUUGGAGACGUGCUCAGUAAAAGUGGAUUUUCUCAGUGAAGAAAAAGAAUUUCGCAAAAAGCACUUUAUUAGUUUGAUGCACGCUUUCAACACGUACCGGUUUUCGACAAUGGGAAAAAUCCAUUUUCGAUCCUAGAAAUCUGAAAGUUGCUUUUCUCAAAACUCGAAAACGAAAUCUAGAAAACCUAGAGUCACUUUUUUGAAAACGUAGAUUUUUAAAGUUUUUGACAUCCAAGUAUUUUGAGAAUAUCUCAGCGAGGAAACGGUUUUGGAAGAUUGAGACGUGAUAUUCGUGAUCCUUAUUCAAUUCUCCAUCGAAUGAUGUAUAAACGAGCAAAAUCUAAAUUCCGCUCGAACUCUGCUUUCCGUGCAUCUUAUGAAAAAUGCUGAUUUACACUUAUGUUGUAGAAUUUGGUUCAUGGCAACAUACACAUGAAUAUUUAACACAAUAUGCUAAUAAACUUAAUCUAAAUCCUCAUAUAUGCCUUCGAACAAAGGUCAUAUCAGUAUGUAAGCAAGAUGAUGAUUUAAAAAAUGGAUCCAAACAAUGGAUGGUAACCGUACGACAAGAUAAAGGCAAUGUAACAACAUUAUCAUCUGAUUUAAUUGUCGUUGCUGCCGGACUAUUUUUUCAUCUGGAAUUACCCACAUUCAAUGGUCAAGAAAAAUUUUCUGGUUCAAUUAUUCAUGCAUGUUCAAUUAAAACACAUGAACAAUUAAAAAAUAAGAUUUGUAUAGUUAUUGGUGGUACAAAAUCGGCUGCCGAUAUGGCUGUUUUAGCUGCUGAAUAUGGGCUUAAAUGUUAUAUGAUUUUUCGUCGAAUAAAUUGGUUUUUUCCACGUUAUUUUCCAAACAGUAAACUACCAGCUAAAUAUUUAUUUACAAAAUUUUUCUCCUUAAAAAAAGCUGGGAAAAUUAUAGGUAAACUUAGAUGGAUUGAUGAAAUUGUUGGAGAAAAAACAGUUCGUUUAAAUACGGAGGAAAUGCAACAAGAAAUAUUAGCUGUUGAAAAAUAUAAAGAUGAUCCAUUUCAUCGAGCAGGUUGGUUCGAACCAAUUAAAGUUUAUUUAAGUGAUAUGAAUUUAAGAUUAGUUCCAACCAAUAACUGGUUAACUGAAUAUUUUGGUGAUUGUAACGGUGUUUUACUUGCAGUCCGAACCCGUGAAGUUCUCCGAUCUUCAUGUGGAUUUGAUGGUACAAUUGUAGAAUUUGUUCCAACAGAUGAAACAAUUAUAGAAUUUUAUAAACCGAAUUUAUCUGAUUGUACAUUUGGCACAGUUACAUCAUGUCGUGAUGUACUCGCUGUACAUUCGACUUAA